AUGGAGACGUUCAUCGAGAUCAGCUCCACACAAGGGCUAACGGCUCGUUUCUCACCGUUAGGAGCUACGCUGACGUCUCUACUUGUUCAGGGCCGUGAUGGGAAGCCCGUCGACGUCGUUCUAGGCUUCGAUACCUAUAAAGACUAUCUAAAUGAUACGAUGUACAUGGGCCGAACAGUUGGCCGAGUUUGUAAUCGCAUCCGCUACGGUCGAUUUACGUUCGACGACCGACAGUUCGAACUUCCCAUCAACGCUCCGCCACAUCAUUUACACGGUGGACCUCAAGGAAUAGCUUUGAAAGAAUGGAACGUUGUUCGGCAAACUCCCACGUCGGUCUCGUUCAGAAUGUGCACGAACGAAGCUGAGGACGGUUUCCCAGGAGAUGCGAAAAUAGAUGUGACUUACACAGUGAACGAUCGGAAUCAGCUGUUGAUUGAACACGGAGCGAAUUGUGCAACAGCUGGCGUGUUGAACCUCACAAAUCACUCGUACUGGAAUCUCGACGGAAGUCAAUCAGUGAAGAAUCACUUGCUGAAACUUGGGGCCGACUCCUACCUCCCUACUGAUCAAGACGAUUUGCCUACAGGCGAAAUUCGGCCGGUGAAGGGAAGUCGAUUCGAUUUUUCUGAGCAAAAGCUUCUGGAAAGCCUUCUUGACCAGGAUGGUAACAUCGACAUCGACAACGAUCUCAUUCUUCGACCAGCCAGACAUCCACAUCGGGCAUUUUCGUACGAGUUAUCACUCACUAUCUUUUUUAAAGUGUUUGCAUUUAUGAAACAACCACAAUGA